AUGAAAAAACCAUAAAUAUAGAUAAGCAAUUUAUAAAAAUAACUAUCGAUAAAAAAAAGAUCAAAUUAGCUAAUUAAUUUAACAAUAGAUUUGACACCUAAAUUAAAUAUUGAGUAUUAAUAAGAUGAAGAAUUAUUGAUUUAUAUAUUUGGAUAGUAUGUAUAUGAUUAUUAUAUAUUUGAAUUAUCAUCUGCAUUUAGAGUUGAUUAAUUCAAAUAUGAGAUUAAACAAUUUCAUUAAGAAAGCUAAUAAAUGUCUAAGAUUUUGGUUAAAAAUUUUGAAGAUUAUAAUAGUUAGAAUAUUAUCUUUGGUAAUGAAGUUUAAAACUUUAGAUACUAUUUAUCCUUAUAAUAAAAUGUUUAAAUUAAAAUUAGAUCUUUAUUUAAAUAGGUAGCUUUAAUGGAAGAUGAUUUAUAUAAUUCUAUAGAAAUUAUAGUAGCAGAAAGUUUAGGAACAUCAGGAAUUUCUUUAACAUCUACAAAUUGUAGUUCAGUAAUAUCGAGUAUAAGAAAUAAUGAUUAAUUAUAUCAUUAUAUAAAAUUUUAUUAAAAAGAAUUAUUUAAUAAAAUUUAAAAAUUUUACUUCAAGGAAUACGAUGUGUACUAGUAUUCAUUAGAAUAGGAACCAGUCAAUAAUAUUAUAUAUGAUAUUUCAGAAUUAGCUGAAUAUGAUUAUAUCUAGCAUUAAAAUUUAAUGGAAUUAUUUUAUAAUUGA